AUGGCAUGUCUUGCUGUCACACUUGGAGUCACCAUUUUAUUGGGAUUCAUCAAACUCUCAGCAGCUAAUAAGAACACAUGUGACUUUUAUGCUGCAGUUGGGCAAAAUAUGCCAUUGAUCCACAAGGGACUAACAAAAACAGACGGGCUGAGAUGGACUCAUAAUGACACACUUAUUUUCUACAGACAGCAAGGCAAAGUAUCGGUCGGGAAACCAGAAGACAUCUCUGAGACUGGAUCUCUUUUGCUGAAGAACUUAAAAUUCUCAAGUGCCGGGGUAUAUGAAGCACAAGUGCUCCAUCCAAAUAAAACAACGACAAAUACGUGGACUGGUCGACUCUGUAUGAUGGACAAAGUAUCAAAACCUCAACUCAGUUAUGUCUGUGACUUCAAGUCCAGUGCUGUUAAUCUGAAAUGCCAUGUGGCAAAACCGCAGGGUUUGAUGUUCUCAUGGACUCUCGAUGAAAAAAUCUUAACAAGCGAAAUAAAACAAACACUGAGCGUAUCACUGGCACAUUUGAAAGGGGACAGGACCUUUACAUGCAGUGUGGCAAACAAAGUCAGCAAGGAGCAGAGUGACCUUGUUCGUCCAUCAUGUAAAAAUCCAUCACCAUCACCUCCACCUUUGCUUUGUUUUACAUCCAAAACUGUUGUAGCAGUGCUAGCAGGAGGAGCAAGUCUUAUUCUGCUUUUGCUCAUCAUCACCUUCAUAUUAUGUUGCUGCCACAGACGCAGCAAACACAAGAUGAGACUCAGAGAUAAAGGAGAGCUCAGGAUGCUUUCGCUAAACAAGCGGGACCCUAGCUCCACCGGCCCAGUUUACGAGACUAUGCACCCACCUGAGGACUCUCCAACUCCUCCGAGCCCCAGGCCUUCACCCACGGUCUGUUAUCAGAAUGUCUCUCAGUCUGAAGUUCAGACUGAAAACAGGCCUAUACAGCUAUCCAUAGCUGCCGAAGAACAGAAGCCUUCACCAGUGCCAAAGCCGAGGACGAAGGGCCCCCAGACACCAAACGUCUGAGUCUGCAUUCAGCUUGAGGUCUAACCUGCUGAGCUCUCACUGGAAUAUGCUGA